AUGGCCGCCACCAUGCUGCAGUCCGCUGGCUUCGUCCUCGCCCUGCUCGGAGUGGGCGCCGUCAUCGCCGCCACCGGAAUGAACAACUGGAGCAGCCAGGACCGGCAGGGGGACGUGGUGACCUCCACCUACACCUACAAGGGGCUGUGGCAGACGUGCGAGGUGGGCACCUCGGGCUUCACCGAGUGCCGACCCUUCUACACCAUCCUCGGGCUGCCAGGGAGCUUCCAGGCAGUCCGAGCCCUGAUGAUAGUGGGGAUCGUUCUCGGGGCGAUCGGCAUCCUCAUCUCCGUCUGCGCUCUGAAGUGCCUGAAGAUGGGCAGCAUGGAGGACGGGGUCAAAGCCAACAUGACCCUGACGGCCGGGGUCAUGUCCAUCAUCGCAGGGAUUUGCGCCAUCGCUGGAGCCUCUGUCUACGCUAAUCAGAUAGUGUCCAGUUUCAUGAUGACCACCUACAACAGUGAAUAUGGCGGGAUGGGAGGCAUGGGAGGCAUGGGAGGCAUAGGAGGAAUGGGAGGAACUCUUGUUCCCAGGUACACGUUUGGCCCCGCCCUCUUUGUCGCCUGGGUAGGAGGGGCUGUGCUGUUAGUUGCCGGGGUUUUGAUGUGCCUGGCCUUCAAGGGGCUGGCACCAGAGAAAUCACGCUACAACGCAGUGGCCUACAAAGCUCCCUCCCAGAACAGGCCGGUUUACGACGACUCUCACAGUGGCGCAGGCCACAGAGACAACCAGAAAUACGUUUAG